AUUUCUUUCCAAUUUAUUGCACUUGGCAAAAGAGGAUUUACGAUGAGUCAUGUGUAGUACUGGUAUGGUUAUGAUACGUAGCAAAGUACCCAGAAAACACCAAGUUCAUCGGUUAAACACAAGGUUAGUCUUUAGCUUGACAAAGUUGUUAAAGGAGAAGAGACCAAAAAAAGAAUAUUCUUAAGGAAUUCUUGGUUUUUAUGAGUAAAACCCUGGGAGGCAAUCGAAUAUAAACUGUUUAUCGUUGACUGCGAGGUAAUUUGCUUUAAGAAACAAAUCUGCUUAAAAAAGAAAGAUUUUUUAUUAUUUGAAUUCCUUACUUAUAGAGCGUUUACACGUUCAACAACGGCACAGGAUAGCCGAGGGCACGGUCGACUGAAAUUUCAUUAUAUAUCUAGAAAUGGCAAAGCUAAUUCGUCGCACAUCACUUAAAUCCAGAAUCUUGAAUUUUCCUAUCAAUCUUUUUAUAUCCAUCUCUGAGGACUUCGACAGUGUGGAAUGGGACAAAAUCUCUGAAAGAUGGUCCAUUCCUUUAAGUUUGGUGUCAAAUAUCCUAUUCAUUUUUAUACGCGCGUAUGCGGAAAACACAAAAACACGGUCGAAUCGUAGUCAACUGUUUGUGGGAACCAAAACAGCCAAAGCUACAAGUUCUUGGUUUAGAGGAAUCCUUUCAUUCAUUUCGCUAUGCCUUGUGGCUUUCAGUAUCAUCAAUACAGUGAGUUGCUUUUAUUUCCAAAAAAAGGCUUACAGAACACUUCCGCAACCCGAUAAGAAUAUUCCAACAACGCCUGGUUUACGACCUGUUCAGUUGGAACCAAAUGAACAGAAAAGUUUUGAAUUAGUUGUUUGGUCUCCCAACAUAUUUUCUCUUUAUUUUUCAUGUCUUUUCUCUCCUAUCCAUCUACUUAUUCUAUGGGUUUACAUUCAAUCUCCUAAAAUUAUUUUUUUAAGCAUCAUAUUCUCUCUCCUGUUAUAUUUUGUUGCGAGGAAAUUUGUGGAUAUGAUUAAGGGUAGGGAUUGUCUUCAUCAGCAAGUUUUUUACGAGUAUGAUAAGAAAUUUGUCGAACCUCGACUUUCUGUUGCAAAGAGAGACGUCGCUACGAACACUACGUAUGGUCCAGUGAGCGCUUCAGUUGAAUAUUAUACCCCGAAACGACCGAUCGAUGCGUUUUUGGAACACAAAACUUCUCCCUCUGUUCGUAGUCCUAAAACUCCAGGUAGCCCUCUUUUCACAUACCGGAGAGGGAACCGACAUUCCCUUGCCACUUCGACUCCCAGAGAAAGCAAUUCUCCUUUAAAGCGAUUGUCUCGGUUUCCUCCUGAACGGCGACACUUCGAGGGCUAAUGAAUAUUCUUGACGAAAAAGAGCAUAACAGUGAUAAAUUCAAAUCAGAAUGCUAUACAUAUUUAUAAUUAAUUCUUCAUCUUCGUAACUAGUAAA